AUGCGGUUAACGCAGAAGUCAGACCUGCAAACAGGCUAUGAAAAUGAGGAGCGAAGGACGAGGCUGCCCCCCAGUGGGACACUCGCAAAGAGCAGCGACGCUUCCAGGCACCUUCCACCUGAUUUCCAGGAACUGAAAGGGCGCCGCAUUUCCAGCUUCAGCAAGCGAGCUCCACCGCCCCCGACCACCCGCCUACAGCUCGGAGGGACGCUGGGGGAGGAUCGUGGGGUGCAGGGCUCCAGCAGCAGCCGCGCCCCGACCCCGGACACCCGCCUGGGGUUGGCCCGGCCGCCACCGCGGUUUCCCAAUGGCCAGGUGGAGCCCCCUUCAGCAUCCCUAAGAAGCCAGAUGAAGGGGGCUCCACCUGGCCAUUGGGAAACCGCGGUGGCGGCUGGACGGAUCCGGGGCGAGUGCCCGGGGUCGGGGCGCGGCUGCUGCUGGAGCCUCUGGGGGCCCCAGAAGGGGCUGCCUGAAUCACCGCCACCAUCCGACACUGGUCAAAGUUCCGCACCCUGCACCCCACGAUCCUCCCCCAGCGUCCCUCCGAGCUGUAGGCGGGUGGUCGGGGGCGGUGGAGCUCGCUUGCUGAAGCUGGAAAUGCGGCGCCCUUUCAGUUCCUGGAAAUCAGGUGGAAGCCCCCAGGGCCAGCAUCAUGAUGUUGCCUCCUUGCAGCAACUGUUAAAUCCAGACAUCCUCUGUGAGAUGAUUAAUAUGUCAAUGGCUGAGGUCAGUCAACUACUACCUCUGGCAUCCUUGCAAAAUGUUGCACCCACUCAGACUCCUUUGGAAUCCACAGCUUAUGUGAGAGAAUCGUCACCUUCCAAGACCCCCAGUCUCUCCUCAGUCCCUCCAGAGGAACUGUUGCCAGCCCCUCUGCCUAAGCUUUCUCCACCUGCCCUGUUCCCUCUCUCACCUAACAAGGUCACCCCCUCAGCUGACCUACUCUCACCCUCCCCAUUGGGUGACUCUCUGCCACCAGCGCCUCUGCCUCCCUUGGAUUCCCCAGCGCCUCUGCCUCCCUUGGAUUCCCCAGUGCCUCUGCCUCCCUUGGAUUCCCCAGUGCCUCUGCCUCCCUUGGAUUCCCCAGCGCCUCUGCCUCCCUUGGAUUCCCCAGUGCCUCUGCCUCCCUUGGAUUCCAAGUCCCCAGGGGUACCAUUCCCACCCUCACCACCUUCCCUUCCCCCUCCCACACCUCAUCACACUCAGAAAGCAGGAACUCUUCUCCCACAAGACGCCACUCUGUCUGUGGUGAGCAGUCCUGCUGGCUUGUCCACUUCUGUCCCACCAAGAGGCAUGGGCCAUUCCAGCACAGAGCCUCCUGCCAAGAACGUGCUCACUUCCAGUUUGGCAAAAGAUGGUGUGAAACAGUCCUUUCUCGCCCUCCAUUCUGAGAACUUAUCUGGGGGAGACACUGCAGCCUACCUUGUAGAGACUUCUAACAUCUGGUUUCUGCCCCCUGCUGUUCUGACAUGCCUGGAGAGACAAAUCAAAAAGAGGGGUGAUCUCCUCAUGUGGAAAGAAAAGGGAAAGAAAGCAGAAUCUUUUCCAAAACAACAUAAGCCAAACUACCAACUAUUUUCUUCAGGGAAAAGGUCAGGGUCAAUUGCUGAUCAGCAUGACUCAGCCCUCUCCCUUCCUUUAUGGAGCAGAACAGGUAAAUCAGAGGAACCUCAGGUGCAUCCGCAGUCCCCGUAUCCUGAGAGCACUGAGGACCAUUUACAGCAAAAAUAUACCCAGCUUUUCUGGGGUCUGCCAACUCUAUGCCCCAAGUCCCUGAAACCUACUGUACCUUCUUCAGGUGACUGUUCCUCAGCCUUUGUCUGCUUCAAUACUGCACCCGACACCUCCACACGCCCCAAAUCCCCAGUCCUUCCCCAUUCCCCACCUGUGCUCUUGCCUGCGAGCCAACCUCAACCCUUGCCCCAAACCCUUUGCCAGUAUCAGUCCCAACAUCACUCCGUUGUCCAUGUCCAGGCUAAGCUUCGGAUUCGGUCCCCACUUCCCAUCCUGCUCUCCCCUCCUAAAAAGCAAUUUAGGAACUGUGGAGUGUGUUUUCUUGGACCUCAGAACGAGGCGCUAACUCUGGCACCAUCUGACAUUCGUAAACUGGAAUACAAUGUGUUACAAAAAACACAGGAAAGUUUAUGGGGCUUACCCUCUGUGGUCCGCAAAUCCCAGGAGGAAUUUUGCCCUCCAGCUCCCAACAUUUUGUUGGUCAGCCAGCCCUCCAAGGCUCGUGCUCCAAUCUCCAUCCUUCUUGGAGAUUUUCCCCUUGCAAAAGAUGUUCAGAAGAAACUAGACCACCACCUUCGAAAGAGGCGCAUCCAACACUUGUGGGGUCUGCCCCGCAGAGUCUAUGCAUCCCUAUCACUGAUGCGUCCUCAAGGAGAAAUUCCUGAGACCUCUGAGUCAAAGAGCAGUCGUGGCCUCUCAAGAAUAUCUUUGGCUAAGAGUCAAAACACCAAAGAUAUGAAUAAGUGGGGCUCGAGUCAACCCAGAAGUCUCCAUUACAGGAGCUCAGGAAUGGUUCCUCUAGAGAUGCGAGUGAGGAAAGGACAGAGAAAUAGUACCAAGAGUGACCAAAAUUGUCAUGUGUCCAGUGACCGAGAGGAGACUCCAGAUAAUGUUCUGGGGUCUUCCUUAAGGAAAGACCGAGAACGUUAUUUGCAGUCAUCAGGGAGAACUUCAGGGAUCUCAAUGGUGAGCCCACUUCAGAAACAUCUUGAAAAUACCCUGAAAGUCCACCUGAGCAAGAAGUUUGAGGAAAUCAGUGAGGGUCAGAUUCCUGACACUGUACAUAGAUCAUGGCAUUCUAUCAAGUUCUCAAUGCCUGUAACUGAGAAAUCCACCAGAAAAAUGAGACAAAAACCUGUGGUGCCACCCAGGAUGGACAGCUGCCUCAAUACCACCCAGGAUAUUUCCUUUCUUGGUCCUGGCAAACGGAAGAUGUUGGAAGACCAUAUUACACUCUUUCAUAAGAGGUUCGUAUAUGGGCUUCCCAUCAGGGUCCAGGAAUCCAUAGAGAUGUUUAGUGACAAAGAUUCAUGUCACUUCCUUUCCCGCUCCAACUUUCCCUCUUGUGCCACCAUUAUUUCUGGGGUGGAUUCUAAACAUAGCUCUUCCAUGACCCUUGGAGAAAGAUGUAAUACUUUUCAUGGAGAACAAGUGAAAACCCAAAAUUCAGUUCCCAUUCUAGUUGAUCCUUUCCCUGACACCUCAACCAUGGUCAAGAAGGAACACGGGAUCGUGAUGCAACCACUCUUGGACAUCAAACAUAAGCACGUAGAGGAUCUUCACAGAGUAAAGGCUAGCAAACCAUCUCUUCUGUGUCAGACACACAGCACCAUAGGCAAAACCAAACCACUUGUAGCAGCCAAUAGAUGCAGCCCAAAGCUGCCCACGAGGCAAGCCGGAGCUGGAUCUCAGCAAACACAGAAGAGACUGGGUUCCAGUUAUAGUGUAGAAAUGCCUCAGGGCAAAAGGAUGACAUGGGGAAGUUCUUCCAUGUCUAAGAUAUCUGUGAAAUCCAGGGAGACGCUGAAGGCACAGGAGCUCUGUGCUUCUCAAUCACCACCCACUAGUGUCUUGACAACUAGAAUGUCAGAAAGUUCCCCAGUGUCUGAUGUGCAAGUAGAAAUGGCCCUGACUCCUGAAAAUCCCCCAAGAGGAACAUCAACAGGGCGAGAUCCUGAAUUAUCAGACCUUAACAGUCGAUUGUCUGGUGAGUUAAUGGUUGAAAUGAAGAAGCGGGAGCAUAGCCAGAAUCAAGGCCAUCGCAGUGGCAUGGCCCUUGUUUCCGAUGACUUGACUUCCAAGACCUUCCUUACACAUGACCAGGACACUGCCAGUGGCAACAUGUCAGUUUCCCAGGUCCUGCAUGUCCACCUGGACAGCACACAGACCAGCAUGGAGCAUGGGCAGGGGCCCUGGCUCCCUGAGCUUGACUUGCACAAGGGCCAAGAUAAGAAGUGCCCAGCAGCUGCUAAGAGCAUGACCCCUCUGGGACCCAAAACAGAUGAGCUUGGUGGAGGGGAUGCAGGGUUGGGCACAUGCCCACCCAGAAGGAGGAGCCUCCACCCUCAAGAUAGGACAUUCAAGGGGGCACUUGGGAGCAGGUCCCGCUCAGCCCAGUCACUGAAGGAAGAGCCUGCUCCUGAAAACCUCAAAAACCGGAUGAAGUCCUUUUUUCAAAGGUUUUAUCCUAGUAUAAAAGGCAAAGGGCAAGAUGGUUCCCUGGAAAAGGGUAGCUCCCCAUCAUCACCUGUGCAGUCCAGAGGCCUAGUCCGAAGGAGAGCUGCCUUUACUGGGAAUAUUGGAGACCCCAAAACCAUGAGAGACAAUGAGAAGUUCCUAGAGGAGAAACGUGGGCACCGGCAUGGAGUAGAGGUCACCUGCUCCCAAGAGCCACAUUUGUCCCCCAUGAAGUCUGGGAAAACUCAGCCAAAGGCAGGACUUCAGGUCAAGGCAGAAUCCGUCCAAGUACCACCCUUCCAUUACAGGGCUGCUUGCUCUAAUAUAACAAGGGUCAAGUCCUCAAGUCAAGAAUCAGGCCUUGCUGGCCAGAGAUGUCUUACAAGGAAUAAAGGGAUUAGAGACUUGGAAAGAGAGCCACCAAACAUUGAGGCAUUCAGGGAUAAAAAGCAAUUCCCAUCCAUGCUCCACAGGGAUCCCAAGUCCCAUCCAAGUCUCACCUGUGGACAUCAGGUGGGCCAGGUGCCUUCGCCUGCCCCCACCCCUGCUAAAGUCACUGCAUUGGGAGAUUUUUCCCUACUAUUUAAAGAGAAAAUUCUUAUCCAACAUUUUCAGGGAGGAAAAUUUCCUUCUGCCUAA